UUCCGCUGAUUUUUGGAAGGAAUAAUGAUAAUUCUAGUUCAAUCAGACGCUCGGGGUUUCUUCACGGGAUGCAGUCUCUCUCUCUCUCUCUCUCUCUUCAACAAUGGCGGAAAUAUCGCCUUACCAUGUGCGCUUCAACAGAUAUUAUUAUUAAUACCCACUGCUUCUACGCUCCUUAUCUUUUCUCUGCUUGUUUCAUUUACUAAAUACCAUGCCGCUGAUUUUUGGAAGGAAUAAUGAUAAUUCUAGUUCAAUCAGACGCUCGGGGUUUCUUCACGGGAUGCAGUGUAUCUCCGUCUAUGGUUCGCCGGAGGAGAAAAAAGAGGAUAGGAGGAGGUUGUCUUCGACGGUGGAGAUAGACGAUGAUGAUUUGGGGUCUUGCAGUUCGUCGACGAUAGGAAGGAACAGUGAUGAUUCCGGUGAAUCACAAUCAGAUGAUGAUGACUCAGCGGAGGCGGAAGUGCAAAGCCAGCCGAAAGGACCUUUGGACACCAUGAAUGCUCUCGAGGAGGUUUUGCCCAUGAGAAAAGGUAUAUCCCAGUUUUAUAAUGGCAAAUCUAAGUCCUUUACAAGUCUAGCCGAUGCGGUUGCUUCUUCUUCUGUCAAAGAUUUUGCCAAGCCGGAAGAUCCCUACAAUAAGAAGCGCAAGAACUUAUUAGUCCGUGGUUCUUUGCUAGACAGUAAACGCAACAAUCCUUUGAGUAACUAUGUAAUUGAGAUAUCUAAGAAAGUAGCCAACACCAAGCGAAGCACAGUGGCUGUGGGGUCCACAACGAUCAGCUCGGACAUCAUCUCAACCGCAUCAUCACCAUCUAGAUGCCGUCCACCCCUGCAUCCAACGUGUAAAAAAUCAACUACAAUCAGACCAUCGUCAUCAUCAACUAAUAGACCAAACCCCCCUUGCCGAUCUUUCUCCUUAUCUGAUCUACAGUUUGUUGCUGCCGGAACUCCUAAAAUAGCUGGCUUGGCUGUUCACAGUGGCAAUAAGAGCAACAAACUGCACUGAGUUUAACUGGAGUUCCACUUUCAAUACUAUGGAACUGGACCUUUCUACAAGGUUUGUAGUUUUAGUCUUGUGUCGGUCGUUUUUUGCGUCCUGCUUUGGUCUGCUGCUUGAAGUGCUAGGUAUACCAUGAUGAUGUGCUUAGAAGUAAUUCCUAAUGUAUUGUUCUUUUGUUUGCUUUGAGACAACGAUGAGAGCAUUAUUGUAUGGAAA